AUGCAGACCUUUGUCCGUCUUUGGGGAACAUCUAAAGCCAGAAAUGCGCGUUUCCUCGCGACGGCGACCCCCUCUCCUGCUCUGCUCGAAUCCGACGCUAGGCUCUACUGGUCACUUCGCCGAACCCUUCGAGUGCUCGCCCAGACAAUAAGACGACGAUCUCGCGACCCUGUAUGGAACGUCGUAGAUUUACGGGGGAGUCACCUGCAGCGUGUGAAGGCAUUGCAGGCUAGCGGUAUCUCCGUAGCUACCCACCGUCAAUGGUCGCAAGCGUUGCAUGAAGGCAGCGAAGCGUCGAACACGUCUGGCCCUGCAAACGAAUUCAAUGACACCAUCGCCCGCUUAAACCUGAAGCUGAUAGACGAUGUGCAAUUCAAAGACACUCUCGAGUUCGCGUCUUCCGCACAGCCCGCCAUCAUCAAAAACGAUCAGCCACCAACCUACUUCAUCCUCUAUAUUCUCUUCCACCUCACCCGAACUCCUGCACAGGCUCAUAGGGCCCUUUCGUUGGUCAUUGGUCACCUUCCGUAUGCUACCCCCGAAAAUCGCCCUCUGCUUCUUUUGGUCACGGCACAUAUUUUGGCUGCACACAGGGACUUGCCCGCGUUAGACCAUUUGGUCUCCAUCUUCCUCGCUCUACCUCUCUUCAGUACCUCAUGGCAUUUCAACUUGCUCCUGCAGGGCAUCGCUCGGUAUGCUGUCUCUCCGGACAGCGGCCGUACCAUGGGCGGUCUUGCCGUCAAGAUCUUGCAAGUCAUGCGAUCCCGCGAGCUGUCUGUCCUGUCCGACACAUACACCAUUCUCUUGCGGAAUCGGUACAUUACGACAGAGUUGGCCACCACUCUGAACGAACUCAUGAUUGCUCAGGGCUUCAGUCCAAACAUAAAACACCUUGAAUUAUAUGCACACGUAUUCGCUCGUCGUUCUGCUAUUCGUCUCAGCGACACGUAUCUCCGUACCGUUCGUAGCAUGAUAGGUGAGAAGGAGGAACAAGACUCAGACGCUUAUCCCAAGACACCCAACACGGCUACAUAUCGGUAUCGCCUCAAUCUGAUCAGGAGCAAUUCGAAGGUCAUACAGCGAAAUGGACGGCCUCCACUGCCUGAGGACCCGGCGGAGUGGGCAGCCCAGUUCUAUGCACGCGCGCAAGACAAAUCAAUACCCGGAACAAACCUCGUCGAGUAUUUCGCGUGGUGCAAGAAAAAAGUCCCGUUCCUCCGCCCCGCCACAAAUGUCACAUACAGCAUCUUGAUGAGUGCUUUGCUCUUACGUCGGGAUUAUGAACUUGCGAAAGAGGUGUGGGAUGACUAUCGUGCUUCUGGGCUUCAGUUAGAUCGACGCGCGCUGGGAGUAGGACUCGAGGUCCUCACCCGGGCAGGAGACCUUCAAGAGGCCUUUGAUCUUCUCGAGAAGAGUUAUUGGCGAUCGAAGACCAUUCAACCCACUUUUUGGCCACACAGGAAUAUUUUGACCAAGGGGGCGAUCGAUAUCGUGACGAUCAAUAGCUUCAUGAAGAGCUUGUUAAUCGUAGGCAGGCCCGAUCUUGUAUAUAUGCUAUGGGAGAACAUGGGGACUCUUUACAGCACCAAACCUGACUCUGAAACCCUCCGCAUGCUUCUAGAUGCUGCUCGGAUGGCGUCCCGCUCCUUCGAAUCACUCUCUGGUGCUCUUCGCGAGCUUGGCUUCCGUAACCCAUUCCAUCGAAACACGCCACCUCAUGAAGGGCCUUCGUCUAUGACUGAGGCUCGCUUGCUCAUCCUAGCUCAGUUGAGAGAUGCCGCUAAUGACCACGUCAAGCCUACGAAUUUUUGGGGCGACGUUGUAGCCUGGCGUCGUGCGUGUAGCAUAUUCAGGGAUAUAAUCCUCAGUAAUUGGCCCGAGCUCGUGCAUGUCCAAUCCCCUGCGCAAGCUCUUCGGACCUCGAGCGACGACAUCGCCAGUUCUCCUAUGGUGGAAAUCAAGCGUACCCUUUUCCCUCCCCAUCCGUCUCACUUUCAACACGCUUCCGUGCAUAUCAUUCCCGAGCAUGCCGUUCUACACAAGGGGCUGUAUCCAUCGGUUGCAUAUUCUUCCGUAGACCCCUCUGAGCGCGCUUUCGUAUCAUACAUCGCCCUCCUCGUCUCGCAGUCACUCGCAUCGGACAUUCCUCUGGCCCUCGCGUGGAUGCGGGCUCUUGACGUGCACCCGUCGCGUAGCACCAUUGCAUUGGCGCUGGUGAGUUGGAGAGAGGUGAGCGCCAGUGCACCAUUGUUGGAGACGUGGAGUCGCGGUAGCAGCAGCAGUGAAUAUACGAAACUGGUUGAUUGGGUUUUGGAUUGGGUUGGGGAAGAGAACAUGCCGUCGAAUGAAGCGAUUGGGAAGGCUGUCAGACGUGUAUCGUUUCUACGCAGGGGCUCCGUGUCGUGGUGAUAGAAGGUCGAAAAAUUGUUAUAAUACGCUCAGCCACCACACUAUGCUUGUUCUACGCGAGUUUUCAACUGCAUUUCGAUUCAUGGG